AUGCUCAGCUUCUGUCCCGUUCCGGCUCUUCCUGGUCGUCAGCAUGCCCGACCAACCUUCCCCGACGUCAAUGCUCAGUCUAGCUGCUCCGUGACGCCUGUGAUGCGUGCUCACACAGCUACACCAUCAGUGCUUGCACUGGCGGCUUCGGCACUGUUGGCGGCUGGUGCUUGGCAUCCAAAAGUACUCCCGCCUGCUAUACGUCGCGGCGCAUACCCUGCAGCUGGGGUCGCAUUUCUGACGGCAGCGCUCCUUCGACCGAGGAGCACAAAAGCACGCGAUGAAGGCCUUCUGCGUCCAGUGCGAGCUGUUCAAAUCCCACCGGUAGAGAAAAACGAGCGUACGCGGGCAGAUGAAGGAAAAGCUGGGCAAAGCGUUUUCAGUGCGAGCCGACGCGAAUGGAGUGAACCAGCGUCCACUGAUGUGAUUGACAAGUCCGCAUCUACAUCCGACCCCGCUGUUGCCGUUAAUAUUCCGAAUACGAAGUCGACUGUGUACUCUUACAGUUACAAGCGCACUGUGAAAAGAGAAAAGCAAAACCAAGGCGUGAGUGCUAAUCAGACUCGAGACGAUGACGACCCUGGCCUGGGAGUGGAGGACAUGCGGGCAGCUUUUGGCCACAUGCGGGGCGAGUUCAUAACAACACCAGAAAGUGACAAGGCUGGAAGAGAGCAAUUUGCAUCUACAAGGACUAGAGCAGACGAUUGGGAAGACGCAUGGGAGGAGGAUUCCGAAGAAGUAGACUAUGCACGACGAGGAACCUCACCUGAUAUCCAAUCAGGCACGACUCACGAAACUGAAGAACGUCAGCCAAUGCCGAUAUCGUCUGCAAAGUUGAUACAGCAACUAGUCCGCGCGCCGAUGUGGGUCCUGUCGGAGGUAGUGUUGCCGGUCGCUGAUACUGUGGCAUUAGUUUGGUUCGAUCUGAAGGUAUGGUUGCUGCAAAUUCCGGAGCGACACUCACGGCAGGGUAAAGACCGCUACUUCCUUCCUGCACUAAAAAGAAGGAGGAGCUAUGCACGAGAAGCAGACGAUGACCGUCCCUCACAUGAGCUCACAGAAGAGGAGAUGCAAAUCAAGCAAUUGCAAACGAUGACGAAGAAGGUCGUAAAGGGGAUGGAAGGCACAGUGCGUAACAUAUUCAAAGAUAUUCUUUGAUACAAUCUUGCGAUUUUCUGUGGUGGAUAAUAGUUUGCUGCCGCCACAAUGGAAUUUAUUCACUGCACAAGAUUGUUCUUGGCGUCUAGUAUUUGGCAGAAAGGCCAAGGGACGGGCUUGACCGCAAAUAACGAACUGCAUUUUUCAAUCGGCUCCACGCAAGGCAUGCUUUUUCUUCUCAUGUAGAUUUUGGCGGCGCUUAAUAUGACGUCAGAUAUGCCGCGAAAAUCAGUGAUUCCGCUUUCAGGGAGGGAUUCCAUUUGAAAGAACUUAAUAAUUAGGAGUGCGUUGGAUUGAAGAGCAUUUACCAGACGCCCGAAGCGAUUUUUUUCGUGGCGAGAAAGACUGUCAUGGUUUGCUCUGCCAUGGUAGGGGUUCAGAUAGCUGAAUUAUAGGGAUUUGAGAAUCUUCUCAUCUGCCCCUUGGCUUUGGCGAGAAGGAAUCUUUUCGAAGGGAUACGAGUCAUUCGGAGACGUCGAAAAGCUAUUGCUCGGACCGAAUCAAGGCAGGGAUACAUUCUUGGUUAGACACUAUGAAAAGUGAAUCGGUUAUGAUUGAAUAUGGCAAAGGUGUAGCAGGAUCCGUGGCUCUCAAGAAUGCAUUGGGAUGUCAGUUGCGCAGUAGAGUAUGCAUACCUGAAAUCGCAUCAACGUGUCUAUCGUGAGGCGGAGCUUCGCUCCUUCUUGAAUCAACUCAAGCUCCUCAUCCGAUGAAGCGAUUCCAUUGCCAGCGGGUGAAGAACAAACGUUGAGAACAGAUUUUUCAGUGAUGAGUAGCUCGCGCAGUUGUUGAAACUCUCUGUUAAUCGCCGAAAUUCUUUGCUUUCUCCCUGCACACCGAACACAUGUCGUCACUCCGCGGGAGUCGAGAGGAGUGGUUUUGUAUGCGGCCGACCCUUCUAAACUUUGCAGCUUUUUGACCCUCUCUUUGUCGGUGAAACCUGUGAAGGUCUUUCCACGAGAAGGUGCAGCACUCAUAUCAACAUUUACGGAUAAGAUACGAGACCGCACCGUUUAGAGGGAUAGCCUGAGGUAAGCCUCAAAAGCGAAGUGAGCCUUCUCGUCGUUUCUGAAGCCUCGUGUCCUCGCCAACUCAUGAGGCCGGCAGAAAACGGCCCGCGAUGCUUAAUUUUAGGAAACUGGCAAUUCCGAAAAGUUAGGCCCAUCAAAGUCGGAUCGGCAAGUGGUCCAUGCAAGUGGCCUAACUGAGGGGACUAUAACAUAAAUCUAUCUAACGGUUUGGCCGCGAGCAAAGAUUCGUCCACUGCUACUGCAGGCUUUGGUUUCUGUUGACCAGGGUCGUAGUUUGGAAAAUGAGUCUGUUUGGCAGAGUAACACAAGUCGAAUACCCCAUGGCAGAAAUAGCUUCCGUAGGUGUCUGGGUUAGAUUUCGCAGCCAGGAAUCAAGGACGGGAAGAGCUCGGAAGCUACAGAGAUAGAACCAAGUCGGUCGUUGGCUGCAUGUGCGGUGAAUUUUAACUAAGUUCUGAUCGGAGGACACUGACGGCUCUCAAUGUAGUGAUUUAUUUCGUCUGCAAAAUCGCGUAGACCGACAUGAUUAUGUCCUUAGAUAUACCUCACAGGACAAGUAGUUUUGUACAACUUCACCACUAUUUU